UUGUGGACAAGAAAAUUCAGCAAAAACAAACUCUUCAAACUUUCUGAGAGCAAAAAAAUACACAAAUCCUUCUUUUUCCAGGAAGAACUGCUCCGAGAGGACAACUCACAACUUCGUGUGCAAAUCGAUUUAGCCGAGAAAUCACGACAAAUUGCUAAGAAAGACGCGGAUUCGUUGGCGGCUAUGCAUCAGGCGUUGCUGACCGAUCAUGAUCGUCUGCAAAAUUUGCACGACUUGCUAACGCAAGACUACGAGAGGGCUCGUCUCGAAAACGUUGAGAUGAAGACGAAACUAAAAACGCAGAGGAGAAAACAUAAGGAAAGGGAUACGACGUAUAUGCAUAGUUUAAAUUAA